UCGAGCUUGCGCUGAAAGAAAAGAGGAGGGUCUACUUGGAAGUCUUUAUUUAUUUCUUUGUUUCCAGUGGGAAAAAAUUAUAACGGCGAUAAAUAUCUGUCGUGUUUUUUUACGUAAUUAUUUUUGUCCGAUAAAGAAAAAAGCUGGAAAUUAUUACCAGAGGAAAUAGAAAGCCUAAGCGAACGGGAGGAGGAUGAAGCGGCGCAAUGCGGACUGCAGCAAACUCCGGCGGCCGUUAAAACGGAACCGAAUCACCGAGGGUAUAUACGGCAGUACGUUCCUGUAUCUGAAGUUCCUGGUGGUGUGGGCGCUGGUGCUGCUGGCGGACUUUGUGCUGGAGUUCAGGUUCGAGUACCUCUGGCCCCUCUGGCUCUUCAUCCGGAGCGUGUACGACUCCUUCAGGUACCAGGGCCUGGCCUUUUCAGUAUUUUUUGUUUGUGUAGCGUUUACGUCAGACAUCAUAUGCCUUCUCUUCAUCCCCGUCCAAUGGCUGUUCUUCGCCGCCAGCACCUACGUUUGGGUCCAGUACGUGUGGCACACAGAAAGAGGUGUAUGCCUGCCCACGGUGUCGCUAUGGAUACUCUUUGUUUACAUAGAAGCAGCCAUCAGAUUCAAAGAUCUGAAGAACUUCCACGUGGACCUGUGUCGUCCGUUCGCUGCACACUGUAUCGGGUAUCCGGUGGUGACGCUGGGCUUUGGCUUUAAGAGCUACGUCAGCUAUAAGAUGCGUCUGAGGAGGCAGAAGGAGGUGCAGAAGGAGAACGAGUUCUACAUGCAGCUCCUCCAGCAGGCCCUCCCCCCGGAGCAGCAGAUGCUGCAGAGACAGGAGCGGGAGGCAGAGGAAGUAGCCUCUAAAGGCCUGUUGGAGGCGGAGCCAGCGCUGGCGUCGCAGAACGGCGCCCCCGGUGGUAAGAAGCUGUCGCUGCCGGAGCUGGAGUACCGGGAGAGGGGGAGGGACGCGCGGAAGCAGCAGGGCCCCGCGGGGGGGGGCGCCCUGGAGCUGGAGUACAUGGAGAACCACAUCAACCACAGCAAGAGGCUCAGCAGCGAGCUGACAGGGAGCGCAGAGAACCUGCUCCUCAAAGAGGAGGCGGCGGCGGCGGCCACCUCCCCGUCCUCCGCUUUCUGCGCCUCCUCCUCAAACGCCUCCUCCGCCUCCUACUCUUCCGCCUCCUCGUCUGCCGCCUCCUCCAAAAAUUACAAGAACUCCAGCGGAGGGGGUGGGGCCGGGGGCGUGGGCGUGGUCAACUCCUCGCCCCGCAGCCACAGCGCGACCAAUGGCAGCGUGCCCUCCUCCGGCACAUCCCUCACCUCCUCCUCCUCCAGUAAGAGUGAGAAGAAGCAGAAGUGUCCGUCGGGCCGGAGCGUCACUGCCGUCCCUCACAGAGACCCCACAGACAACUGCAUCCCCAACAACCAGCUCAGCAAGCCUGACGCGCUCGUACGGCUGGAGCAGGAUGUGAAGCGUCUGAAGGCGGACCUGCAGGCCAGCAGGCAGGUGGAGCAGGACCUGCGGGGACAGAUCGGCUCGCUCAGCGGGGCGGAGAGGAGCAUGCGCUCCGAGCUGGGGCACCUGCGCCAGGAGAACGAGCUCCUGCAGAACAAGCUCCACAGUGCGGUCCAGGCCAAGCAGAAGGACAAGCAGGCGGUGGGGCAGCUGGAGAAGCGGCUGAAGCAGGAGCAGGAGGCGCGGGCGGCGGCAGAGAAGCAGCUCGCCGAGGAGAAGAAGCGCAAGAAGGCCGAGGAGGCCACGGCGGCCAGGGCUGUAGCGCUCGCGGCGGCGUCCAGGGGAGAGUGCACAGAGAGUCUGCGGACGCGUAUUCGGGAGCUGGAGUCGGAGUGUAAGAAGCUCACCAUGGACAUCAAGCUGAAAGAAGAACAGAUCAGAGAGCUGGAUAUGAAGGUCCAGGAGCUGUGUAAAUAUAAGGAGAAUGAGAAGGACACAGAGGUGCUGAUGGCGGCCCUGUCGGCCAUGCAGGAUAAGACUCAGCACCUGGAGAACAGCCUCAGCGCCGAGACCCGCAUCAAACUGGACCUGUUCUCCGCGCUGGGGGACGCCAAGAGGCAGCUGGAGAUCGCGCAAGGUCAGAUCCUGCAGAAGGAGCAGGAGAUUAAGGAGCUGAAGCAGAAGAUGGCGGAGGUGAUGGCGGUGAUGCCCAGCAUCGCGUACGCGGCGGACGGCAGCGCCAUGGGCACCGUGGUGCCCCACUACUCCUCCACCUUCAUGGACAGCAGCCCGUCCGGCCUGGACCCCAACGCCUCCGUCUACCAGCCGCUCAAGAAGUGAGGGGGAGGGGGGGCGGAGCGGCUGUCCGUCCGUCCGUCCGU